GAGGCACCGGAUGGACCGGACCGUGGAGGCGUGAGGCGCACUGGAGGUCUCGAGCACCGAGCCUGCACAACCUGUCCUGGCUGGAUACUCCCCGUAGCAGUGCGGCGGCGGGGUGGAACAGACCGCACUGGGCUGUGCUGGCGAACUGGGGACACCGUGCGUAGGGCUGGUGCCAUAUACCCCGGGCCGAGGUGAUGCACUGGAAACCAGAUGCGCUGAGCCGGCUUCAUAGCACCUGGCCUAAUGCCCACUCUAGCCCGGCCGAUACGAGGCGCUGCGAUGUAGUGCACCAGGCUAUGCCUGCGCACUGGGGACACCAUGCGCCUCACGGCAUAACACGGUGCCUGCCAGGUCCACCUCUCUCCACGGUAAGCACGGGGAUUUGGCUCAGGUCUCCUACCUGACUUAGCCACACUCCCCGUGUGGCCCCCCCCAAUACAUUUUUGGGGCUGCCUCUCGUCCCUGUUGCGCUGCCGUGCUAACUCCUCAUAAUGCCACCUCUCGGCUUUGGCUGCCUUCAGCUCUCCCCGGGGGCGCCGAUAUUCCCCAGCCUGUGCCCAGGGUCACUUUCCGUCCAAAAUCUCCUCCCAUGUCCAGGAGUCCAGAAACCUCUGCUCCUGGUUACCAAGCUGCUUGGUCCGGUUGUGGUGGGUAGUUCUGUAAUGGCUGUCUAGGGUUGAAGAAGGUGAAGAGGAACAAAAUGCAGCGUGCAGUGACUCCUGCACCCGUCUGCUGUUCCCUGGUCACCGGUAUGUUCGCUGCGGCAACUAAGAACUUUGUGAAGCAGGUGGGAGACACAGGUCGGUUGAUCCCUGUACCGAGCCUGAGUGAGGCUGACCGCUACCAACCCCUCAGCCUGGUCACCAGGAAGAGGAAGAGACACUUCUGGAAGAAAACCAAGUACGCCUCAACCCCCUUCUCCCUGAAAGACAUCCUGGUGGGGGAGAAGGAGAUCACAGCAGGGGUGUCGUCCUACCAGCUCCUGAACUAUGAGGACAAGUCUGACGUGGCCCUGAACGGCAGAUUAGGGAACCACCUGAUGAACGACGUGGGGUUCAACAUCAGUGGUUCAGACUCUGUGGCUGUCAAAGCCUCCUUUGGGAUCGUCACCAAACACGAGGUAGAGGUCCCAACUCUGCUCAGGGAACUCAACUCCAGGUACACUGCAGGUGGUGGAAAAUGGCUUAGAAUUUAAUCCAUUUCAUUCUGGUUUUGUUUCUGAUAAGAUAUUACCAAGUGUCAUAAUGGUGAUGACAAACAACUAAUAUGUCAGGUUAGUUAAUAUAUAACUACAAUGAUUAAAUGUCACUAUUUUGACAUAACUACA